AUGGGGAACGGCUCGAUGAAGUCAAAGCGUUACAAACAGGCGGACGCCUCCAACGGCCGAGCCCACAAGGACCACGGCGGCGGGUACACCAUCUCGUCCCUGGAUUCCCUGAGGGCCCGUGUGGAGGAGCUGGAGCGAGAGGGCAAGAGGAAGGAUGAGGAGCUCUGGGCCAGAGAGCAACUGAUCCGGGGUCAGCAGGAGCAGCUGGCCAAGCAGACCCGAGCUCUGGCCGAGCUGAGCGAGGAGCUGCAGAACAAGUGCAUCCAGCUCAACAAGCUCCAGGACGUGAUGAAGGGUCCGAGCGGCCCCUCUGGAAGCCUGGCGUCUCGGCCUCCCUCCAUCAGAACGUGCGCCAAGAACAGCCCCAACCUCGGUGUUCGCAUCAAGGAGACCCUCAACAGGAGGAAGGGGGCCAAAGCCGGGGUGUCCGCCGAACCCACGUCCAGGACCUACGACUCCAGCAGCCUGCCCAAGUUCUCCUUCGAGAACGCCCGGGUACCCAAGGAUGCAAGUGUGAAGAAGCUGCUGACCGACGCCCUGAACAAGAACCAGUACCUGAAGCGUCUGGAGCUGCAGCAGCUCAAAGACAUGGUGGAGUGCAUGUACGAGCGCACCUACCAGCAGGGGGAGUACGUCAUCACGCAGGGAGAGCACGGCAACCAUCUGUUUGUGCUGGCAGACGGGAAGCUGGACGUGUUUCAGCACAGCAAGCUGCUCACAUCGAUCGCCGUGUGGACCACUUUCGGGGAAUUAGCCAUCCUGUACAACUGCACCCGGACGGCGUCAGUACGAGCGGUGAACAAAGUGCGGACGUGGGCUUUGGACCGGGAGGUGUUCCAGAACAUCAUGAGGAGGACGGCGGAGACGCGACAGGAGCAGCAUCGCAACUUCCUGCGAAGCGUUUCUCUCUUGGCCAAUCUACCGGAGGACAAGCUCAGCAAAAUGGUGGACUGCCUGGAGGUGGAGUACUAUGACAAGGGGGAGUACGUCAUCCGGGAGGGCGAGGAGGGCAGCACCUUCUACAUCAUCGCUCAGGGAAAGGUGAAGGUGACCCAGACCACCGAGGCCCAUAAGGUGCCGCAGACCAUCAACACGCUGCACAAGGGGGAUUACUUCGGAGAGAAAGCACUCAUCAGUGAUGACGUCCGGUCGGCGAAUAUCGUGGCUGAAGAGAACGGGGUGGAAUGUCUCGUCAUCGACAGAGAGACAUUCGAUCAGACGGUGGGCACCUUCAACGAGCUGCAGAAGUACCUCCAAGGCUACGUGGCAACUCUGGAUCGCGACGACAAGAAGAGACAUGCCAGAAGAUCGCUGUCACGCCACCAGAGCCAGCCGCUGCCUCCUGAUGUCCUCCAGCUGAGGGACAUGGUGUCGGUGUUCCCUCCGUCCAGGCCCUUCGACCACCUGGACGCCAUCGCCACACUCGGCGUCGGUGGCUUCGGCCGAGUGGAACUGGUGAAGGUGAAGGGCAAAGACAUCACCUUCGCCCUGAAGGUCAUCAAGAAGAAGCACGUAGUGGACAACAGACAGGAGGAGCAUAUCCACUCGGAGAGGAAGAUCCUCGCCGAGGCGCGCUCGCCCUUCGUCGUCAAGCUCUAUCGGACGUUCAAGGAUAACAGAUACGUGUACAUGCUGCUGGAGGCCUGUCUGGGUGGAGAGAUCUGGAGUCUGCUCAGAGACAGGGGGAGCUUUGACGAGCCCAUCGCCAAAUUCUGUGUGGGUUGCGUCACAGAGGCUUUCGACUACCUCCACCGCAAAGGAGUCCUCUACCGAGACCUGAAGCCGGAGAACCUCAUGCUGGACACGGAGGGAUACAUCAAACUGGUUGACUUUGGGUUUGCCAAGAAGAUCCGGUGUGGCCAGAAGACCUGGACGUUCUGUGGGACCCCGGAGUACGUGGCCCCGGAGAUCAUCCUCAACAAGGGCCACAACUUCAGCGUGGACUUCUGGUCUCUGGGCAUCCUGGUGUUCGAGCUCCUUACCGGCAGUCCUCCGUUCUCCGGGAGCGACCAGAUGAUGACGUACACGUUCAUCCUGAAAGGCAUCGAGAAGAUGGACUUCCCCAAGAAGGUCAGCAAGAGACCUGAGGACCUCAUACGCAAGUUGUGCAGGCGAAAUCCCUCAGAGCGACUGGGCAACCUGAAGAAUGGAAUAACAGACAUCAAGAAGCACAGGUGGUUUAAUGGUUUCAACUGGGAAGGACUGAAGGCGAGGACACUAUCGUCUCCACUGAAAAGAGAGGUCAGUGGGCCGACAGAUCACAGCUACUUCGACAGUUACCCUGCGGAUGAGGACAGCCCCCCCGAGGAGCUGUCCGGGUGGGACAUGGACUUCUAGAACCCGUCUUGUCCUUCAGGUCUCACACUCUACAAAGUGUUUAAUGGGAGACAGUGGAGAUAGAAAUGAGCUCCGUCCACUUUGAACUGGAUGAACACUCGGUGUGUAACAGGUGUGUGUGUGUGUGUGUGGGGGGGGGGUGGAAGCUGCUGAGGGAUCAAAUCUCUUCGAUCAUUAAAGACUCUGGAUGGUUUGAGGAUUAGUUUUUCUGAUUGAAAUGUGUGAAAUGAGACUCUGAAUCUUAACCGGCUCCUAAAUUAUAUCAACGUAGAAUUGGUCAAAAAAGAACUUGACUUACUUUACUUUAAUUUAAACUUCAAAUCACUGGUUAUUGACAAAAUAAUGACAGAAUUAUAACUUGAAAAUCAUCAGAGGGAUGCAGGCCAGAUGAAUAAUAAUAAUUUAAUAACAUUAAUUCGGUUAAUGGGUUCGAAUCCCUCUGGGCUCAGCAGAGGGAAGCAGCUCAACAACGAGCAGAUUUCAGUCUUAAAAUGAACAAAGUCUCUUCAGCUCGUUAAAAUCUGUUUAAAGUCUGUGUUUGAUGAAUCACACGCUCAUUUCAUCACAGAGCCUUUCAUUCAUGGUUCUAUCGUUUGUCUCCCGCUCAUCAGAUGUGAAGGAAACUUGCUGUGUGAGUUCAGGAGACACCACAAGAGGUCGCCUGUGAGUUAAAUCAGCUUUGCUCAAAGGCAUCUUGAGUUAUGAGACGUUGCAGAAAACAACAUGCUGCAGAAAUGAUGUGGUAUUUGUGGCGCCCUCUAUGGGUUGGGUUUAAUAUCCUUUAUUAGACCUAGUCCCAACGAAGGCUUCAGGCUAACUACCGAGAUUUAUGAUGAUAACAAUUUCAUAAAUAAUUUAAACCAAUUAUCGCUGAGUCCCGUCCUUUGCAAAGAUGCUUCGGUCGAUGUCAUGUUGUUUUUCAACAAUCUAGCAGAUAAAAAUCCACAAACAUUCUAUAAAUCUUAUUGUGAAGGAGCAGAAACUUUAAUCGUAUUACACUGUGAGCUUGAGAAGGGAUUUGUACAGAUUUUAACUUUAAAGUUAACGUUGAUUCAUAAACUAACAACUUCGACUUCGAGACGAUCAAAGCUUCUUGUCUCCAAGUGGGAGGAGUCACAAGUCUCAGCCUCAGCUUUGUGACUCCGCCUCCAGGCCAGAAGGUGUAAGUGUGUGUGAGCUUCAUCCCAUCACUGCCGCGGAGGGAGAGCGUCUGGAAGCAGAUCCGUGUCUCAUUUCACACUAUUAUGUUUUUACAUUCCUCAAUCAAUCUGCAGCCAUUUAAUAAUCUCUCAGAGAAACCUCGAGCUGUUUAUUGUUCUCCGGCUCCUCACGACGGCUCCAGAUGUGGCUGCCGGGGGGAACUUGGGAAGCAGCUGCAGAC